AGAGAGAGAGAGAGAGAGAGAGAGCGCAGCGAGCUCUCAGCUAUGGCGGAAACAGAAGCCCCCUCGCCGGCCAUAUUCAUACACGACGAGUGGUCCGAAGCCGCUGACACCAUCGCCUACUGCUCGGUCGCUUCGUCUCCUCCGGUCGCUCUAAUUUGUGGCGCCAAAAACUGCGGCAAGACCACCUUGUCUCGCCACCUCCUCAACGUCCUCCUUCAGAGAUAUAAAAGAGUAGCUUAUUUGGAUACAGACGUUGGGCAGCCAGAAUUCACUCCCCCUGGUUUUCUCUCUCUCACCAUAGUUGACAAAUUGACACCGGAUCUGACGAUUCCCUGCUUGAAGACACCUGAGAGAUGCUUUUUCUUUGGAGAUAUUUCUGCCAAAAGGGAUCCUGCAGCAUACUUGAAGUGUAUAUUUGCUCUAUCUGAUUACUUACGGGAGGAGCACCAGGGUUUGAACCGCGGAGAAGACCCUGCCGUAGUUGGAUUGCCUCUAGUUAUCAAUACACCUGGCUGGGUCAAAGGUGUUGGUUAUGAUGUAUUGGUCAAGACAUUGAAAUAUAUUGCCCCUACACAUGUAGUUAAAAUAAACAUCUCGGUGGAGAGCAAGAAUCUACCACCUGGGUAUUUCUGGUUAGAUGAGGAUUGUGACGAAACUGUUCAUUUAAUAGAGAUCAAGUCGGCUCGACAGGAUUCUUUCAAUAGAUCGGUUCUCACACAAAAAGAUGCCCGACUUCUGCGAGAUAUGAGGAUAACGGCUUAUUUCAGGCAGUGCUUCCCCAGUAGCUCAAAUAUUACCAAAAUAAAGGAACUCGCACAUGCAUUGGCCUCUCAUCCCCCUUAUGAAGUUCCAGUGUCCGCUAUCAAGAUAAAGCAUCUACACUGCCAGGUCCCAAGUACUGAAGUAUUUUAUAGCUUGAACGCAUCCAUCAUCGGCUUGGCAAUUAGCUCUAACAAACCUGAUGAUGUGCCUUCUUGUGUAGGUCUUGGGAUUGUAAGAGGCAUUGACUUAUUGAAAGGAUCUAUUUAUGUGAUCACCCCUGUUCCUUUGAAGAUGCUGGUGAAGGUUGAUCUAUUUUUGCAGGGCUUCAUUCAAAUCCCAACGAGUCUAUUACAGGCGCAAGGAUGCGUGUCCCCAUACAUGUCUACAGAUGUUCUGACCACAAGUUAGCCGAUGUUGAUCAUCAUAUGCGAUAUGGCUUCUUCUGCAGUUAUUUAGAUUGGUCAUUGUACAUGCAAGACAAAGUACGAUAUAGUAAUUACAGGACAGCAAUUUGCAAGCAGGGUGACAUCGUUCAUAGGAGUAAAUUUCUUAGUCUGAGUAUAUGUACUGUGGAGCAAAGCGAACAGGUGGUCUGCAUCACAGAGAACUAUGUAUUUUCCUAUGCAGGCAAGCGAUAUUGUCGCAUAAUUUGACUCUAAUUUGAUUCAGGCACUUGUUCAGGGAA